AUGGCACCCUCGCUAGACUUUGCGUCCCAUAAUUCCGGAGGAUCUCGCAGUCUACCGAAUAACGUUCCAGUACUUAUUGUCGGCGGAGGUCCGACAGGUCUCUUGCAGGCACUUCUUCUGUCUCGUCUGGGAGUACCAUCAUUGAUAAUUGAGCGUUAUCCUGAGCGUUUGGCAGCCCCUAAGGCACAUGCGAUUAACCCCCGCUCUCUGGAGAUUUUGCGACAGUAUGGACUCGGGGAGAAGCGCAUUCGUCAGUUGGGCACUUCACGCGAUGAUAGUUCCUGGGUUAACUUCGUUACCAAUCUUUCUGGAGACUCGAUUGGGAGGCUUCCGUAUGAGCGCAUGGAUCCUGCAGUCUUGGAUGAUACUCCAGAGAUGAUUCACAAUAUUCCUCAACCGGUCUUAGAGCAGGAGUUGACCAACUAUAUCGAUAACGAUCCCAACAUUACCUUACUGAAGGGAUUUAGCAUUCAUGCUGUAAAGCAGGUGACCCUGGGCCAGACUGAACGCGAAGUUCUGGCGACGAUUGAGGACCGGUCAACCGGACAGCUCCACCAGACAAAGUCACGACAUCUCAUAGCCUGCGAUGGUCGCAAAAGCAAAGUCCGCGAGCUUCUCGGAAUCGAGUCUGAGAGCGAAGACUCAGAUCAAACUAUGAUGACAAUUCACUUCAAUGCCAAUUUGCGACCCGUUGUUGGUGAUCGCGUCGGUAUGCUGUACUGGAUCAUGGACCCAAUAGCCGCAGGUUUCAUUAUCGGAUAUGACCUUGAUGGAACACAGGUACACAUCAGCCAGGUGGAUGUUAAUCAACACCCAGUUGAGUCGUGGACGGAAGACAUGUGCAGAUCCAAGAUCCGUGGGGCUAUUGGAAAGGAUGACGUUCCGUUCGAUAUCCUCAGCUUCCGACCUUGGGUAUUUCGGCGGCAGGUUGCGGUCACUUUUCAAGAGGGGAAUAUCUUUCUUGCUGGAGACGCCGCUCACUCCUUUCCGCCAACUGGUGGGCUUGGUCUGAACUGUGGUCUCGCAGAUGUCCACAACUUGGCAUAUAAAAUUGCCUUGGUUCAUCAAGAGGUGGCAAAUCCGUCAAUACUCUCAGCAUACACAGCCGAAAGGCGCAGUGUUGCUGAUUCCUAUUCCAAGCAAAGUGUCAAAAACGGCAAGGAAAUAUUUGCCCUGUUGCAAAGCCUAAAGACUGCCGGUGUUGAGGAUGUUGCACAAGCACGGAGAAAUAUGAUUGAGGCGUUGGCAGAUCCAGCUCAACAUGCAAAGGUUGUGGCAGGUAUUGAAGGUCAACGAGAGCAUUUCGACAAUCUGGAGCUUCACAUUGGAUAUGUGUAUGGUGCGAGUAAACCACCUCCUCAUGCCUCAUACUACUCUCCAAAGUUUGUCCCGGGGGCCCGCUUGCCUCAUGCUUGGAUCAAAAUUGUUGAGCAGCCUUCACUAAUAAAGAGGACGGGCAAGCAUUCUUCGAUUCCUCAUGAGCCUGUCGAUGUGUCUUACAUCAAAGAGCUCGAUGCGAAUAAGAUCAAGACAUGCCAGUGGAGUACUCUCGAUCUCUGUGGGCCUGACUCGUGGACGGUAAUACUUGGACGGGAUCACACAGGCUCACAUGUUUCACAGUUCAAGCAACACUGCGACGCUAUUCAUGUUCGUCUCAAUGUUUGGUGUCUUGGUGCGGAUUUUGAGCUAGUUCAAAAAAACUGGUUUGAAGAUGAGGCCCUCAAUAAUGGAGGACUCUUGGUUCGCCCUGAUCAACAUAUCCUGACAAGGUUUACUAUUUACACAAGGGGAGAAGAGCUAUUUACGGAGCUGAAGAGACAUAUUGGGCUUUGA